CGGACCGCACAUAAGGGAUGAUGAGGGCGGGGGCACCAGGGUAGCCCCCGCACCGCCACCGGGCAGCAGGAACUGGGCACCGAUACCAGGGCACCAGCACCGGGCAGCAGCUUGUGGCCAGCACUGGCUUUGCCCAGCAGUGAGCAGCAGCAGGUAGCAUGGAGGAGGUGAGGGAGCUGGAGAUGGGGGGCAACUCCCUGCUGAAGGCCGUGUGGCUCGGCCGGCUGCGGCUGACCCGGCUGCUGCUGGAGGGGGGCGCUUACAUCAACGAGAGCAACGAGAAGGGGGAGACCGCCCUGAUGGUGGCCUGCAUCACCAAGCACGUUGACCAGCAGAGCAUUAACAAGGCCAAGAUGGUGAAGUACCUGCUGGACAACAGAGCAGACCCCAACAUCCAGGACAAAUCUGGGAAGACAGCCCUCAUGCACGCCUGCAUCCGUGGGGCAGGGGGGGAGGUGGUGUCCCUGCUGCUGGACAAUGGGGCAGACCCCAGCCUGGAGGACCACUCAGGAGCCUCUGCUCUGGUCCACGCCAUCAAUGCCGAUGACAAGGACGUGCUGCAGCACCUCCUGAAUGCCUGCAAGGCCAAAGGGAAGGAGGUGAUCAUUAUCACCACAGACAAAUCGGCCUCGGGUACCAAGACCACCAAACAGUACCUGAAUGUUCCCCCCUCACUGGAGUUCAAAGAGAGGGACCCCAACAAGGAGUGCCCAGCACCUAUCAGCACCCACCUGAAAGCUCCCAUCUCAGCACCUUCCCCCGCUGAGGAGAGCACCAUCUGCACCCCACAUCUGUCACACCCCAGGGACAUUUCCUGUGCUGGGGGCACUGAUGACCCCCCCUCUCCGGGCCAGAGGGCUGGGGUGCCCAGGAGAGCCCGCCUGCCUCAGCUGAAGCGACUGCGCUCCGAGCCCUGGGGUCUGGUGGCACCCUCGGUCCGUGACGACACUCGGGGCUGUAGGGACGAUGAGGUCAUCAUGGGCAUCAGUGACCUCUCACUCUCCAAGAAGGCUCCCCUUGCCCGGGGCAGCAAGGAUCCCUCACUCUUCCCACCAGUAGAUGAGCAGGCGCUGAGGACACCGGCGAGGAAAGCAUCUUACGAGAAGAGCCAGGCCACCCAGCAGCGCCUGCCCCGCCGGAGCACGGUCCCCGAAGAGCUGCAGAACAUUGGCUCCGUGGCUCUGGACGCCCUGCAUCGCUGCAGGUUGGGUGCUGAGCACUGCGACCCCCAGCUCUCUGGUGUCCCCGAGGCAGGGAAGGGGCCCCCGGGCCGGAGGAAGCUCAGCGGGUCCCACCUGGCCUUGCUGGAUGGUUCAUGGGAGUCCCUGGAUGGUGUCACAAACACAUCCCCCGGCACCGUCCGGCGCCGACCGCCCGGCUUGCUGGAGAGGAGGGGGUCCGGCACCCUGCUGCUGGACCACCUCUCCCACACCAGGCCAGGCUAUUUGCCCCCCCUGAACAUCAACCCCAGCCCCCCCAUCCCCGACAUCGGCUCCAACACCAAAGCCCCCUCCCCGCUUGCUGCUGGCAUCAAGUCCCUGCAGCCGGUGGCUCCUGGCGAGCUGCGGGCGCGGCGGAAGCUGCUUCGGAGACACUCGAUGCAGGCGGAGCAGAUGCGGCAGCUCUCUGACUUCGAGGAGAUCGUAGCCCAGUAGCUCUGCCACCGCUGGCUUCCCAAACCGGCUCUCUCCCCACAGAAGCGUGACAGUUCCCACGCGUCAAGCAGUCCGAGAAGUGCCAGCAACCACGGGGGUCAGACCUGUGCCUAGGGAUUGCGGCAGGAGGGUCCUGCGGGCACGGAGCCGUAAGCAGAGCCCGGGCAACCCAGCUGAAGUCUCUCUUCUGCUUUCACCAGCUGGGGACCUUCCCCAGGAGUGAUGAGCUGAGAGGUCCACCCCAGCCCACCUGAGCUCAGGCUCCUACCCGAAAGGCACUUGUUCUUUGCCGCUUGCUCCUCGUCGUCUGGAGCCAGGAUCUGCCCUGCAACCGUCGGGGCUGGGGUGUCCUUCAAGUGCCUACCAGGAAGGAAAGGAGCCUGCUGGCUUUGAUGUCCCUGCUUACUGCAGGGGCUUGCAUUAGAUGACCUUUAAAGGUCCCUUCCCACCAAAUUCCACGUUUCUGUGACUCCAAUGCCCCUCUCUGGCAGUCAGAGGCAGUGAUCCCUUCACCGCGGGAGAAGGAGACAACUGCUCACCUCGGAGGUCUCCAGGACCUCUGGAGUUCCAGGGACUGAGCCGACCCCUUCCUGCUGCAGCCCCCCAGGACAAGACCAGCAGUGGCUUCGUCUCCGUCUCAGAGAUCCAAGACUCAGGGGCACCUCCCACCGCUCUGAGCAACGCCCUGGGCAGAGAGCGUUCCUGGCUGUUCUGUGCAGGCAGCUUCUCCCAGGGCGCGAAGUGCCGAGGGUAGCACAUAGGGAAUGUCAGGGGCUCGUCCCUGCUGAGGAAAGAUUCAGGCUCAGCACCGAUGGUACCCACAGCACCUGAAGCACCCAUAGCACCUGCAGUACCCACAGCAUCCAUGGUACCCAUGACACUUGUAGCACCCUCAGCAACCCAUGACACCCACAGAA